AUGGAAUUUAGUACGAUAGGGGGAACCAAAAAAGUUACUUCUAAAAAUUUUUUAUUAGAAAAAUAUCCUUUAGAUUUAACAAUGUAUCUAGAGCCUCCUGAUGAACGAGUGCCCGUAGAUGAAAUAAGAGAAAUGGCUGUAGAAAGAGUUAAACUGUUUAGGGCGUUUGAAGUAGCUUCAGUUAAACUUGGAAAUGGUUUUAAUUUCAAAGAAUUAGCAAUCGAUGAAAUGAAUAAACAAGGUUUAAAAUAUUUUAUGCCUCUGGUUAAAGGGUAUUCUGAUCCUGAAGCUAGAAGAAGAGAUUAUUUAUCUCAUUACAUGUUAAGAAUAUGUUAUUGUCGUACUGAGGAGUUAAGAAAAUGGUUUGUAUCUAGAGAAAUGGAGUUUUUUAGAUUAAAAUUUUUUAAUAUUGAAAACAAAGAAGAUAUUACAUUGUUUAUGAAAAAAAAUGGUUUAAAUUACACUUCAAUAUCUGAUGAAGAAAAACAAUCGCUUUCCACUCAACUUAUAAAUUCAUCGAUUAGACAUAUUAAUUUGGAUGCUGUAAAUAUUUAUAAAGUGCAUUUUUCUCAAGUUUUUGAUUUAAUUAAAAAAAGAAAAGUUUUCUUGAAAUUAGGAAAUGCAUAUAUUCCUCAGACUGAUUUGCAUUCUGUUAUAAGUUCAGUUUUUAAAAAAAAUCUUAUCGAAGAAUUAGAAGACAUUUGUAAAAAUUUAUCAAUAUAUGAAAGUGAUCAAAGAGUGAGUGCUAUUGUGAGAGGUUUACAUAAUUGUUACACAGGAAAAGAUUAUUGUAAAAACACUGAGAAAACAGAAAUCGCAAUUGAAAAUUUGGAUGCAUUGUCUAUGAAAUCUUAUCCGCUUUGUAUGAAAGCAAUGCAUGAUACAUUUAAAACGACUCACCAUUUGCGUCACAGUGCAAGACUUCAAUAUGGAUUAUUUUUAAAAGGUAUAGGAGUUAGUUUGACUGAUUCAUUAAAAUUUUGGAAAAUGGGUUUUACUCAAAAGCCUGAUAUAAACAAUGAAGUAUUUGAAAAGCGUUAUGCAUAUUCCAUAAGACACAAUUAUGGUAGUGAAGGCAAGAGAGCUAAUUACACUCCUCAUAACUGCUUAAAAAUAAUUAACACGCCUGUAGGACCGGGAGAAAAUCAUGGUUGCCCUUUUAAACAUUAUGAUAGUGAUUCCCUUAAAAAAAUGCUUUUGAAAUCAGGAAUAUCAACAUCGGAUAUUCUGAACAUUACAGAUUAUGCGACAAAAGGACAUUAUCAAUUAGCAUGUACAAGAUAUUUUGAAGUGACACAUAAUAUAACAAAUGCUAAUGGAAUAAAUCAUCCUAAUCAGUAUUUUGAAGACAGUCAAAACCUUUUAAAUGGCACAAAACCUAAAGAAAUGAAAAAACAAGAAACUUCCAAUCAAAACUAUAAAUUUGAACCUGAUUGGGAUGACAAUAUUGAUUUAACAAAUAUAUCUGAUAUUAUAAAUAAUGCAAACGAUACAAAAAAUGACAAUUAA